AGAUAUCAGAAAGUAUCAGGAACUUUACAAAUAAAUAUCACUUCUGAAAGUGUCAUAAAACUUCAUAAAGUGCAUUGUUCAGUGUAUAUAGAGAAAUCUUUAAAAUAUAAAAUAUUUACAAUUUAUAUUUUAAAAACCGUAACUUUCAUAUAAUCCUUGUGUGUGGAGCUAUUGCAAUUAAUAAGAGAUAAUUAUAAUCGAUACUGUGUGCUUAUACCUGGAUCUAUGUUUACACUAAGAAUAAAAAUAUUAAUAUAAUGAUGCAAUAGUAAAUACUAUACUACUACUCUUUACUUAAAAAUUUGCCCUCCAAUAAAAACAUAAAUUAUUCAUACACCUCUUAUGAUAAUAAUAAUAAUCAUAAUGGAGGAUAAUUAUAUACCAGAAGAAAAAAAGAAAUAUUUUGUUAAUGAUAGAGUAUUAAAUGCUAUAAACAAAAAAUUUGUGUCUUUGCCAAACUAUGAAAAAAAAGCAACUAACGAAUAUUUACACCAGGUCAUUGAUGGAAUACUUGAAAAAAUGAAAGAAGGUGCUUUUUUCAAGAAAGUAUUUAAAAGAAUAUUAUUUGUUGGUAGUUACUAUAAAGGUACAAAAAUUGGUGUACCUGAAGAAUUUGAUAUAAAUAUAAUAAUUAAACUACCCAUUAAUUAUGAGUUUGUGGAAAUAGAACUAUGUGAACAUCCAGGUUUUAUUAAAAUAUAUUCUGGCUUAAAACAAAAUGAGUUAACUUGUGAUGUGAAAACAGAUAGAGUAUUAAAAAGUUUACUUGAUCAGGAUAUGUAUAUUGAUCAAAAAAAAUUCCGUGGUUGGAUGGAAGGCAUUUUAAGUAACACUAUACAAAAAUUACCACUGAUAAAAAAUAAAUAUUUAUUUAACAUACAAAAUACUAUAUAUAUGAUAAGAAUAACCAAAAGUGGCCCAGCAUUUACAUUUGAAGUAGAACUUCCAAAUGGCAAAACAAUAAACGUUGAUUUAGUACCAGUGCUAGAAUUUUCAAAAAGUGUACCAUUCAUAAAUUAUAAUUUGGUAUUUAAAAAACAAAAUUGGCUUGCUGUACCAAAAUGUUUUCAAACAAACUUUAAAAUAAGACACAGCUGUUGGAGAGCAUGUUUUUAUGAACAAGAAAAAGAAAUUCUAUCUAAAAAUGGACAAAUUAAACCAAUAAUAAGAUUGAUGAAAAAAUUAAGAGAUACCGAAAAUUGGAAAAAUAUUGCUAGUUACUAUAUAGAAACAAUAGCUUUAAGACAAUUGCUGUAUAACAAAAAUUUUGGAAAUAUAUCGUAUACACUUUCGUUUAUGGAGAUGUUAACAUACAUGCAUACAACUCUGAUUAAUAAAUACUUACCUUAUUACUGGAACAAAGAACUUAAUCUAUUGUGCAAUCUCAAUCCUGAAGAAAUAACAAAUAUUUCAAAUCGAUUGGGAAGAAUCAUUAACAAAAUUUAUACAUCUAUAAAAGAUGAUCCAUAUAUCAUUGCUUUCUAUAUCUUAAAUCCAGAAGAAUACAAAGAAUUAGUUUCUGAGCUAAAUAAGGAACCCUUAGAAACAAAGGACGAUGAGAAGAAUUUGUGCAUGAUACUUUAAUGAUUAUAUUUAAUAUGAAGUUUCUCUCAUAAAACGAGUUUUUAAAAAAUUAUAAGUUUCAUCUAUAUACACAAUAUAUAAUAUUAUAAUUAUUUUAUAUAAA